AUGUUUCUAUCAUUCUCGGGAUCCCCACCUCAAAUUUUGCCUCACCAUGGGAAGGUUUUUUACGAAGACGGGUCGAUAUACGGUGAAGUCGGUUACACGGUUCUACAACAAAGUUUGGAUGCUGGUAGGCCUAUUUUCUUGGGCCCUGAUAUAUGGCGCCUUCAAGCACAGGUUUGGAAGGUACAAUGUACUCAGAAUUUACAGCAUUUCAUUUGGCAAGCUCUGACGGGAUGUAUAGCGGUCGGGGCAAGACUAAAGAGUCGCGGUAUGCUGAUAGACCCACAAUGUAUGCAGUGUGGAAUGGCGACAGAAACAGUGAACCACACACUGUUUGAAUGCCCACCGGCACUACAAGUUUGGGCUCUAUCUCCAAUACCAACGGCUCCCCAUCGGUUCCCCACAGGAAGCUUGUUUGCAAAUAUAGCAUAUCUUUUUUGGCAUCUGCCAAACGAUGAUAGGAUGAAAUUAUAUCCUUGGUUAAUUUGGUAUAUUUGGAAAUUACGCAAUGAUAAGGUUAUAACGAAUGUGGAUUAG